CACCAAUCCACAGAAAGAGCCGAAGAUGUCGGCUCGGUCAUGUGAUCAGCUGUGCCCAAUCACAGCUGAUCACAUGGGACAUCUACACUGAUGAUCAGAGCACUGAUGAUCAGUGUAGCCCCAGCAGUGCCACCUGUCAGUGUCCAUCAGUGCCAGCUGUUUGUGCUCAUCAGUGCCAUGUGCCAGUGCCACAUCAAUGCCACAUAUCAGUGCCUACCAGUGCACAUCAAUGCCACACAUCCGUGCCCAUCUGAACUGCCUUUCAGUGUCACCCAUCAGUGUCAGUCAGUGCCACCUAUCAAUGCCAAUCAGUGCCACCUAUCAGUGCUGCCAAUCAGUGCCACCUAUCAGUGCCGCCUAUCAGUGCCACCUAUCAGUACCAGUCAGUGCCGCCUA